UCUGCAUCAGACAGUCCGGUAUCUGUGUCUAUUGGAGAUGUGAACAUAACUGGGAGGGGGAGAAGAGGGAGUAGAGGUAGAUCUGGGGGUAGAGGACGCAGAGCAAGAGGUCAGAGUAGAGGAAGAGGUGGUGGGUCAAGGAGCAGAAGUCGGAUUAGAGCAAGGGCAUCAGGAAGUAGAGUUGAUAGAAGGGAAGAAGAAGCAUUAGAAAAUGUCAACAAACGUUAAGAAACAUUAAUG